UUUACAUUAAAGCGGAUAUGACGUCAUUGGUUUUAAACCUCAGCGAACGCGCGCAGGGCUAAUGAAUUAGCUAUACAUUUUAAGCUUUGGUGGCAUCUAACCAGUUUAAGACUUAGAUUUUAGAAAUUUUUCCUUGGUAUCAUUCCAGGUUUACAAUUUUAUCGAAAAGAUGGACAUCCAGAAAAUCAUUCACGAUGCACUACACGAGUUCAUUCAGUCCUAUAUACCUCAAGCAGACCUCAGUACUCUUGAUGAUGUGCUUUUGUCAUACAUCACCGGGGUGCUGGAAGAUUUGGGAUCCCAAGAAAGUGUGGAGGAAAACUUUGAUGUAGAGGUGUUUGUUGAAAUGCUGGAAGCCUACAUUCCUGGUUUUUCUGAUAUUGACAGUGUCAAAGUUUGUGAGAUGAUGUUUAGUCUGGCAUCAAAGUUGGCUUCAGCACGGGACACAGAUACUGGAGAGAUGAAAACAGAAGAGAUUAAAUUUCACUUAUCAGAAAGCUCGGCCAUCACCCACCAACACUCAGGAGCAAAGCCUCACAGUGUCACAUCACAAGCAGAGGGAGCCACAGCUGAGGUCACUGAAUCAGUGUGGGAUAACCAGGAGCAGCAUCUUCUUGAGAUGUUUCCUAAGUGCAGUGUGACUGAGGCCAGAAGUGCAUUGUCUAUUGCUAAAGGAGAUAUGGAGGAGGCUGUUCGUCUAAUUAUUGAGGGAGAUGUUCAGCUGAUGUGUCCACCCUCGCUCAAUGUGAAUGAAGGGAAGGUCGUAUCUGCUGAAGUUGAUCAGAAACUUAAAGCAAGCAUUUUAGAAAAGUACAUGCAUGUUGAUAGUGAAGAAGAUAAAAAAGUACACAGGCCAGUUACUCCAAAGGAUGCCCCUAAAAAGCUAGUGCGCUACCAUGGAAGUCAAGUGGUCACCACAAAAGGAGAACGCUACCAUCUGGUCAAGAAAGAAGAAAGUGAAGAUAUGAAGAAGACCUACGUUAGUCUCAAACCAGCACGCAAAUAUCGUUUUCAUUGAUGACAAUCAUCUUGUUCAUGGAUUCUGAUUAUCUUUUGUUUUUGAUAUUUGUGUCCCGUCACAUUAUCUAUGACUGGAAACAAAUAGUUUGGUUUUUAUUUAAGUCAAAUUGGGUGUUCAAUUGGAUUUACAUUGUGGUGCUCAAGUUUUUGUUUCCUUAAGGUUUUGACGGCGUUGGAUUGGUUUUGCUUUGUUUUCAGUGAUACUUACAGCAGUUUCUUUUCAAACUCUUACAAGUUAAUGUAUUUAUUUUUUUAAAUCUUUACUAAAUAUUAAGCUAUAUUGAAGAACAUUGAGGUGUUUGCCUCCGUAAAGUCAAACCUUGUUUGAAACAUGAUAUCAUAAUGUGUCAUUGAAACAUGAAGUGAAGUGGUUGUUUUGUUUUAAAAUCAACCAAUUAUCACAAAAAAUGCAGGAAAACAGCUGAACAUCAGUCUUUAUAUUUUGUGCUGUUUUUAUUUUCAUAUGCAGAAAUAUAAAAUAUAUGUUCCCUCAAGUAUUAAGAAUUGAAGGGUCUGUGACAGUGGAUUCGUGUGGCAGUUCAUAAACAAUGUGUGUUAAUUCAGGACUCAUCUGAAGGCAAAUAUACACUGGACAACUUUGGAUAAAUUAACCUUUGCGUGCAUUUUAAGUUUGACUGUAUUGUGUAUUUAGCUGGCUAUACAUAGUUUUAGAAAUGAAUGCUUGUGUUCACAAUUAACAUGAUAUAUUAAUAUUACACUAGUAUUUUCUGGAGAUUGUUGCUGUUUGAUGUACUGUUUACUUGUUGACCUGGUUGUGUUUUGUGUAGAAACUGUAAGCGUGAGCUGUCAACAUCACCACAUGUUUCCAAAACCACCGCAGCCCUGAAACUAAAGUGCAGUGAUUUGAUUUAAAUAUAUUAGCAUUGUUUCUCGAAGUAAAUAGUAAGUUGAAUGUUUUACAAAU